UAACGAAGAUCUGGAUUGAUUGUUCUGUUUUGCAGCAACAAUAAUGUGAGGUGGCGGUUUCCGGUCGAUGAAAGGACGAGGGAAAUGAUCAUGAAGGUUCAUCAUGAAGCUUGUAGCCAGACCGUCAUCAUCACUUUCAAUACAGCCUCACCAAUCACCGAGGAACUGAUGGAGGAAGCACUCAAUAUUCUCCAUGACAAGUUUGAAUCGUUAAGAAUCUGCUUCCGAUUUCGUCAGAAUAAACAAUGGGUGGCAGACAUGCCUACUCGACGCCUGGAUUUCAAGUCCGUCAGCGGGGAUGACCCGGAGAAGCACAUUUCCGACUUGUGCAGCUCUUCAUUUGACAUCCACAACGGGCCUUUGUGGAAGGUUCGGCUGAUGACCUCUCCGCCAGAUGCGCCUUGUCAUUUCCCUGAAGUAAAAGAAAAGUUUCCAUAUCAGCAGAAGCUUUUGCUCUCCUUGCACCACGCAGCUAACGAUGGCAGGGUCAUGAUGCUUCUAGUAGAGUCAUUACUCACCAUUUUAGACCAUCUUCUUCAAGGUCUUUGUGUUGACAGGCAGCAAGUUGGAGUAUUACGUGACGGCAUCGAGGCUAGAGAGGAGGAACACAGGAUCAAAACCGCUUUGGAAAAUGAUCCAGUGCGGCUAAAAGCAGCACUACGAGAGCUUGAGUUGGCAAAUCACGUGCCUCUCCUUGUUGAGGCUUUCGGUGCAGUGAGCGAAGGAAGCCCCAGCUCACAUGUUCUUCCAUCGGUUCAGUUUGACGCUGACGUAAUUAAAGGUAUUGAUCACAAGUGCCGUUCACUCGGUGUCUCCAGUAACGCCUUCAUGACCGCUGUCUUAAAUACAGCCUUAGUUGAAGUAGUGCGUGAAGCAGGUUUAAGAAGGAGCAGCUACCUGAUAUCAAGCAUUCACCCUGUUGACAGUCGCCGGCUGAUGGGAAAGACUUCAAAGCCUGUCCUUGGCUAUCACGGAAUGCCAGUAACCCAGACCACUGCCACUCCUCAUAACGUAAAGGAUCACUUUUGGGGUUACUUGAAACAUCUGAACACUGAACUCAGAAGAAAGUUGAAAGGAAAUCACAUGUGUGAAGAAAGGAUUCUGCACGCCAUGCUCAGACCUGGAAGCAACAAUCUGGAGACGCGGUACGCUAAGCCUCUGCCUCUCUCUUAUGACUACAUGUUCUCUAACGUUUAUUCUCCGUUUUCUUCCCCUACAGGAAUUGGCACGUUAGUUCACAUCACGUCUCUGUGUAUCCACGUUGCGAUUCAUAAACAGGCAUAUCCAGUAUUAUUUGGCUUCUUUAGUGUUCGUGAUAAACCAUUCUUGGAGAUAAUUCACUCCACAGCAACCAUCAGCAAGAAGGUGGCUCAUAGGCUUCUCAAUAGAACUGUGGUUGUUCUUCAUGACAUCUCCAGGGCACUCUGACUUAGUGACCUCUGAGGUCCAGGAUUGAUGUCAAAAGAUGCACCUUGUUGAUGUUACUAUUCAUGAAAGAAAGAUUAUAUUAAAA